UUUCCAAUCCAAUCCAACCCUAAACUCUGCACGAAACUCGCUGCUACCUAUUUUCUUUUUCUUUCUUAUUAUUAUUAUUCUUCAUCAAAAGGAAGUAGUAGUAGUAGCAGCAGUAGUAGUAGUUUCCAUUUUUCACAGCCUACGCCACUGAGCAUCUAUCGCUGGAUAAUCGAAUUUCAAGAAUCAAAGGUUUUAGUCAAGUUGCGCUGCAAGAAGGAAGCGAAGAUUGAAGAGAUAUAUAUAGAGAAAAAAGCUGGCAAGUUUGAUAUAUAAGAAGAUCUUCUUAAUAGAGUGUAUAGAGUUAUAAUAAUGGAUCCAAUUACAGCACACGGCCAUUCACUUCCACCACCAUUCCACACAGCAAGAGAUCUGUUGCACCACCACCAGCAACAGCAGCAGCAGCAGUUUCACUCCUUACAGCAGCAGCAACAAACAGAAGACGAGCAAAGCGGAAGCAGCGGAGGCCUCAACCUCGCUCACAAGAGGGAAAGAGAAGACAACAACAACAGCGAUGGAAAAGACGGAACACCUGGAGGAGGAGGAGGAGGAUCCGGUGAAACCGAAAUGACAAGAAGACCAAGAGGAAGACCAGCUGGAUCCAAGAACAAACCCAAGCCACCGAUCAUCAUCACCCGCGACAGUGCCAAUGCCCUAAAGACGCACGUCAUGGAGGUUGCAGACGGUUGCGACAUCGUUGAGAGCGUCUCAAACUUCGCAAGGAGGCGCCAAAGAGGGGUUUGCAUCAUGAGCGGCACCGGCACCGUCACCAACGUCACACUCCGCCAACCAGCUUCCUCUGGAGCCGUCGUCUCCCUCCAUGGAAGGUUCGAGAUCUUGUCCCUGGCGGGAUCCUUCCUCCCUCCUCCCGCUCCACCUGCGGCCUCCGGCUUGACCAUAUAUCUAGCCGGAGGGCAAGGGCAGGUGGUCGGAGGGAGUGUGGUGGGGACACUAAUUGCUUCCGGUCCGGUGGUCAUCAUGUCCGCUUCCUUCAGCAACGCUGCGUAUGAGAGACUUCCUUUGGAGGAAGAGGACCCUUCCAUGCCCUUGCAAGGUUCUGGCGGUGGCGGCGGCGGCUCAAUCGGGUCCCCCGGUGGUGGUCAGCAGCAUGCGCAGCAGCAGCAACAGCAGCAGAUGUUAGGAGACGCAACUGCUCCACUCUUCCAUGGUUUGAAUCCGAAUCUUCUGAAUUCAGUUCAGAUGCCAACGGAAGCUUUCUGGAAUACUCCUGGUCGCUCUCCUUAUUGAUCAUCACAAUCAUCAUCAUGAUAUGGAACAGUGUCUUUGUAAGUUCCAUUAUUAUUAUUAUUAUUAUUAUUAUUACUACUCCACCGUGUUAGUUCCUUGUUUAAUUAUUUCUUCUUCCAUUAUCUUCCCUUUCUUAUCAUCAUCAGCUUCUUCUUCUUUGGGUGUUUAAUUACUUAGGAUCCGAACUCAAGCUAGUGGAAUUGAAUAGGAAUGUUGACUGAGGUUCUAUCUUCUUAUGCGCUUAAUUAUUAUUAUGUAGCAUUUGCGUGUUUUUUGAUAAGACUGCUGUAAUUAAAUUGAUGCAUCUUCUCUAUAAUAGUUUAGUUGGUGGGUUUGAUUUUGUGUUUAAUUAUGACAAGAAUAACGGCGGUAGGUGGUGAUGAAGUACAUUACAUCUUGCUUCUAUCCAAUCAAUCCACUUAGCUUAAUUAGCUUGGAGAUGUACAAGUAGUUGAAGGAAUUAGUAGUACAAUUAAGUAGUUAUUAGUAGUGUUUAGUAGCAGUCCUAGCUAGGAAUAAUGGAAGCUAAUUCGGAAGGAAGCGAUUCUACCGAGCAAGUUUAAUUUUCCAGUUCUGGUGGCGGUGCUUACUGAUGGUUGCAGCUGACACGGGCUAGCUACUUCUCUAACUGUAUGUUAUGGACCACGGUGAAUUGAAUUAGAUGGUGAUGAUCAUGAUUGUUAUUCCUUGUUCUCGUCAUUUUUUGUAUUUCGACUUGCAUUACAUAUGUUUCUGAAUUGAAAAUAAUUAAUUCCUUUA